UUUGCUCUGGUUUCUUCUGAAACAGCCUUUGAAUUUGGCUUCCCGUGCGACCCACAUACAGGGAAGGAAGGUCAUGAUCUGCCAACGUGACAGUCGUAUGUUUCAUUAGUCAAUGCACAAGCUGGCUGCCCGGGUUCACACACAGAUCUGUUUCUGAGGGCUUGGAGAAAGCAAGCCCACCCCAGAGCUGAAGCCUGCCUCGUGCCAACUGCAUUGAGAUUCUGAGGAUGCAAGGGCGGCCCCCAACCUGGCCCGUGAGCUAAGGAAAUCCCUCUAGGCCUCCUUUUGGCAGGCUUGGCCAGCCUUCCCCAGCGACAGCCUGGCUCUUAGGACUUGAGUUGCUGCCUGGUCAGACUGGGACGGUCGUCGGCAGAGAGAAGGAAGCGACAAUGCCAGGCUCCGGUGUGCGUUCCAAGUUCUACAUUCUGUGCACAGACUCCCGGCGCCAGAGCAAAGGCUGACCCUUGGCAGGACACUGGCCAAGGAAGUGGAAUUCUGGAGUUAUUCCUGAAACUCUGCCCUAAAUCCAAGGAGCCAGAGGGCCUGCAAGUUCCCCCUCUUCUUCCCUUUCCAGAAGCAACAAUGGCCUUGAGUGAUGUCGAUGUGCAGAAGCAGAUUAAGCACAUGAUGGCUUUCAUUGAGCAGGAAGCCAAUGAGAAGGCAGAAGAAAUAGAUGCCAAGUCUGAGGAAGAGUUCAACAUUGAGAAAGGACGCCUUGUGCAAACCCAACGACUGAAGAUUAUGGAGUAUUACGAGAAGAAGGAGAAGCAGAUAGAACAGCAGAAGAAGAUCCAGAUGUCCACCAUGAGGAAUCAGGCCAGGCUGAAAGUCUUGAGAGCCCGAGAUGACCUCAUCUCGGAGUUGCUGAAUGAUGCAAAGCUGAGACUUAGCAGGAUUGUGGCAGAUCCAGAAAUCUACCAGGGGCUGCUGGAUAAGCUAGUGCUUCAGGGUCUGCUCCGGCUGCUUGAGCCUGUGGUAAUUGUCCGCUGCAGGCCACAGGACAUCCUCCUGGUGGAGGCUGCGGUGCAAAAAGCCAUCCCCGAGUACAUGAUAGUUUCCCAAAAAUGUGUGGAAGUCCAAAUUGAUCAAGAGGUGCACCUGGCUAUGAAUACAGCUGGAGGUGUGGAGAUCUACAGUGGCAAUCAGAGAAUAAAGGUUUCCAAUACCCUAGAAAGUCGACUGGAUCUCUUGGCCCAACAAAAGAUGCCUGAAAUAAGAGAGGCCUUGUUUGGAGCCAAUGCCAACAGAAAGUUUUUCAUAUAGGCCUCUGCCAAGUGAAAUUCAGGUUGAAUUGCUAAGCCACUGAAAGCAUAUGUUAUUAGGGCAAAGGAAACUAGUCAGGUUUCCUCCUCUUUGUUUCUUUGAUAGGAUUCUGUCUUCU